UACAAAAAUCCAACUUGCAUGUAUUCCCCCCCUCUCUCUCUCACUUCCACUCAAUUUUUCUCCCAUCACCAACCUCACUUCCCCUUCUAUAUAACAAGGAGAUUUGCACUCACCCUUUCUCAGUUUCACACUACUCUCUCUUAACUCUCAACCCUAAUACACCACCAUGGCCGCAGCCCGAGCCGUCGUAAUCCUCUCAUUCCUCCUCCUCAUCUCGGCCUCCUUCACCUCAGGGUGUGGCACGUGCAAGCCGCACCCGGCGCCCAAGGUGCCCCCGGUGAACCCAUUCUGCCCCAGGGACACGUUGAAGCUCGGCGUAUGUGCUGACCUCCUUGGCCUGGUGAAUGUGGUGAUCGGGGAGCCCCCGUCGGGCGACAAGUGCUGCCCGCUGCUAGAGGGGCUUGCCGACUUGGAGGUGGCAGCAUGCCUCUGCACUGCCAUCAAGGCAAAUGUGCUCGGCAUCAACCUAGACGUCCCGGUGGCGCUCAGCGUCUUGCUCAGCGCUUGCCAGAAAACGGUUCCCCCCGGUUUCAAAUGUGAUUGAAUGCAGUGAGAACUGAGAAGUUCAUUAAAACUUGAGAUUGAUUUGUGUUGUGUUCCUCUUCUUUGUUUGUGUGUGCUCUCUCCCUCUCUCUCUCUCUAUUUAGGCUUGAAUGAUUUAAUUUCAUGCAAUAGGCUAGGCAAGACUGUUUGCCUUUGUUAUUAGUGUCUAAUAACUAAUAAUGCAUUGCAUUUGUUACCAAUCUGCAGUAGUAUGUAUUAUUGUGCCGAUUUGAUGCUCCAUGUGUCCAAAAUUAUCGAAUUGCUGGAUUUAUUUCA